AUGGAGAGCUGUGGCAAUGUGUGCAACUGGGCACUUUGUGGAGAGUGGCCAGAUCCUGGACCAGGUUUGUGCCAAGAAGCAAGUUCGAGUUGCAGCCGCACAGAUUUUCUUCGAAGCCUUGAUCUUUUGCCCGAAGAGCAAGAACCAUCCUGGUUCUAUUUUGCGGGUGAUUCCACGGGCCGCCAGCUCUGGGCUGCCUUUCUGAAGGACGUGGCGAAGCUUGACCUUGGCAGCCUUCUUGAGGUCAGGCUGAGUGUCGAAAACUGCCCCAGAACCACACCACACGACCAGCGUUUCCAAACAUUUGUCAAUGCAAACGCAAGGCAAGUAGGUCUGCAACCAAACUGGAAAAAGGUGGGGCAUUAUGUUUGUGAUUGGAAUGUAAGCUUUGGCCAAAGACCGGUGCGUGUCACCUAUGACUGGCGCCGCUUCCUCAGCGACUCCACCAAUGAUUUACAUGUGUUGCAAGAGGUGGCAAAAGCAGGAAGGUUGCCUACAGCCUGGGUGGUGAUUUCUGGUGUGCAUGAUUGCUUUUAUUUCCGACGGAACGUGACGUGGCUGACUUCCUCAGUGAAGGCCUUCUUUAGUUUCUUGGAGCAGCGCCCCAUCUUGAAGAGCCGCACGGUGAUCGUGGGAAUGGAGUACAUGGUGGACAAGCGCGAGCGCCCAAAUGGAAAGUUCAGAAACUACAGUUCUUCCCCGCUAUCUUUGUACAACUGUUCGCGAAGACUUCACAAUAUGAUGCUAGAAGGGGCCCGAGAACACGGAGUCUACAUGAUCCCACGUUGGGAACUUACACGGAACUAUGCAGAUAAAGAAGUCUACGCUAUACAUUAUCCGGAAUCAGUCAUUCUAAAUGAGUUGCCAUCACUACUGACUGGUCUCUCUUGCAUUGCCAAAAGCAGGCAACAUGGUCAAAGCACCUCCUUGAUCACGGUACCAUUGUACACCGGCCCUUUGCUUCUCCUUCACUUCCUCAUGACGGUUGCGGCAGCAGUUGGUGCGCUGAUAGUCGUGCAUCAGAGGAGACGGGAAAGAGUUCUACUAGAAGGUCCGGCCGGUGCGCGAGAGCUUCACACUCCCAAAGUACAUCCAUGA